AUGACACAACGCAUAUGGGGCCACAAAUGCACCAGAUAUAAUGAGAACUUUAGAGCUAAGUGUGAUCAGGACUUUUGUGUUGUAGAUACAGGCCCUUUAGUACAAACAUCCGACGUCAUGACAGAAGGAAAGCAACUUCGAAAGUAUGCACCUUUCCUUGAGAGUCCAUUACUGUUAAAGAACAAUGUAUCAACUCUAGAAGUAAAAACAAUUCCUGACAUUUGGAGAGCCUCAGCAGAAAAGUAUGGUGAUCAGGUUGCAUUGGUGGAUCGACGUCAUGACCCUCCAACAAAUAUGACUUACAAGCAGUUAGAACAGAACAUAUUGGACUUUUCUGAAGGUCUAAGAGUUAUUGGAGUCAAGCCUUAUGAAAAGAUAGCACUUUUUGCUGACAAUUCAUGUCGAUGGAUGGUUGCCGAUCAAGGUAUUAUGGCCACAGGAGCAAUAAAUAUUGCGAGGGGAUCAAGGUCGUCAGUGGAAGAGCUGUUACACAUCUACAAUCAUUCCGAAAGUGUUGCACUUGUUGUGGACAAUCCUGAACUAUAUCACCGGAUGGCAGAUGCGUUUAAGUCCGAGGUAUCUGUUGGAUUUGUCAUUCUGCUUUGGGGGGAAAAAUCAUCCAUUGGUAGCCAUAUGCAGGAGGGAAUUCCCUCUUAUAGCUACAAGGAGAUCAUAGAUAUGGGUCGCAAACAUCGUGCCAUUUUAGCUGGUUCACAAGAUGCACGAGAAAAGUAUAUUUAUGAGCCCAUCAAGCCUGAUGACAUUGCUGCUCUUAUAUACACAAGCGGGACAACUGGCAACCCAAAAGGAGUAAUUCUUACACAUAGAAAUCUUUUGCACAUGGUUCAUCAUUUGUAUGAAUUUGUCCCUGCUGGGCCCAAGGAUAGAUUUUUUAGCAUGCUUCCACCUUGGCAUGCAUAUGAACGUUCUAAUGGAUAUUUUAUACUUUUUUACGGAGUUGAGGUAGUAUAUACAAACGUCCAACACUUGAAGGAUGAUUUGACGCACUAUCAGCCACAUUAUAUAUGUUCUGUCCCUCUAGUAUAUCAAAGUCUGUACAGUGGGAUCCAGAAACAAAUAUCUACCAGCUCGGCCAUUCGUAAGCUGGUUGCACUUUCAUUUAUAAGGAUCAGUAUGACAUAUAUGCAGUUUAAGAAUAUAUAUGAGGGUAAAACAUUGUCAAGAAACCCGAAACAACCUUCUCAUAUUGCUGCAAUGUUGGACUGGCUUAGUGCCGGGGCUAUGGUUGCAAUUUUGCAUCUAUUGCAUGUAUUGGCUAAGAAGGUCGUAUACGAUAAAAUUCACUCUUCUAUUGGGAUUUCAAAGGCCGGAAUAAGUGGGGGCGGUAACUUGCCUUUGCAUAUUGACAGAUUCUUCGAGGCAAUUGGCAUAAAAAUUCAAGUUGGAUAUGGACUAACAGAAUCAUCUCCUGUUAUAUCCGCUCGGCGACCAGAUUGCAAUGUUAUUGGAUCAGUUGGGCAUCCAAUGCAGUAUACAGAAGUAAAAGUUGUACAUGAUGAAACAGGUGAAGAACUUCCCCCUGGUUCAAAGGGAAUUGUCAAAGCCAGGGGACCUCAGACCAUGCAGGGUUAUUACAAGAAUCCAAAGGCAACAAAGCAAGCGUUAGAUGAGAACGGUUGGUUAAACACUGGAGAUAUUGGUUGGAUUACCCCUUCCCAUUCGGUGGGUCGAAGUCGUAAUGCUGGUGGGAUUAUUGUCCUUGAAGGACGUGCCAAGGAUACUAUUGUCCUUUCAACAGGAGAAAAUGUUGAGCCAGAAGAGCUUGAAGAAGCUGCUAUGAGAAGUACUUUAAUUCAACAAAUAGUUGUCAUUGGCCAGGAUCAACGUCGCCUUGGUGCUAUCAUUGUCCCAAACAAAGAAGAAAUUAUGUUGGAGUUAAGCAAGUUGUCUACUUCAUAUCUUGAUAUGGCUGAGCUAAGCAAGAAAAAAAUAGCUGGCUUGUUAUCUGAAGAGCUUAGGAAAUGGACAUCGGAUUGCUCGUUUCAGAUUGGACCUAUUCUUGUCAUUGAAGAACCUUUUACGAUUGACAAUGGUUUGAUGACCCCAACCAUGAAGAUCAGGAGGAACCAAGUUGUGGAACUAUAUAAAGAUCAGAUACAUGAUUUAUACAAGUGA